AAUAUGGCGGUUCAAAGCAAUAAUCUUAGAAGAUAAGUGGAUAGUUCGUCUGCAGCUUCGCAAACCCUUUCCCCUCUUUUCUUUUCUUGGAUCUGUUCGAUUGUUUGCCCCAAAAGUCUCGUUCAAUCUGCUCUCACGUUUAGUCUCAGCUGUUGCCUUCUACAACAACAACAACAACAACAACAACAACAACAGGGUCAUAUCAUCUAUUGACAGAAUGUCUUUGAUGGCAUGCACAAGUGCCGGCACAUCUACUUUAGCCACAGUAAAAGCAGAGGAUAGAUGGCCAGUGAAAAUCAAGCAUAUUGGAUGUGGUCCUGUUGGACUGAAACCAAUGUCUUUACGGUUUCGGCCUCUUGACAAGAGAACACCCAUCAAUCAUGCUAUUCGAACAAAGCAAACUUCCAUAAUAUGUUCUGCUGCCCUGAAUGCAACAUGCGCGGAAGGGCAGACCCAAACAGUUACACGGCAAUCAUCGACAAUUACUGUCGCUCCUGUUCAAGGGAAGGAAAAAUCUCCAGAACUAGAUGAUGGUGGGACUGGAUUUCCACCCGGUGAUGAUGGUGAUGGUGGAGGUGGUGGCGGUGGAGGUGGAGGCAAUUGGUCUGGAGGAUUCUUCUUUUUCGGCUUUCUUGCAUUCUUAGGCUUCUUGAAGGAUCAAGAAAGUGAAGGACCUUACCGGGAUGAAAGAAGAAGAUAAAUAUUUGGAUCUCCCAACAUUUGGAAAUCUUGAGUUCCAUAGUCAUUUGUAUUCUUUUCGACUGGCUACUGACAUCCUGUGCCUCAAAGCUAGUGGAUGAGCUUCAUAAAUCUUGGAUUAGUACAACCGGUUGUAGCGUUUUAAGUAAAUUUUCCAAAACGGGAAGCGUCAAUGUCAUAGCGCAGUUCCAUGAACCGAUAGCGAGGAAAAAAUUCAUGGGUCUGCUGAAUCAAAAGACUCUUUAUGUUUACUCCAUAGCUCGAGGUUUCUUCCA